AUGUUAAAAGCUUCAUCCUUUUUAAAAUACAAGAAGCUUAAUUUUUAUAUUACAAAGUAUUUUUCUAUUAAUUUACAAAAUCAUAUUAAAAAAAUCUCAAACAAUUAUUCUACUGCAAUGAAUGAUAAAAGGGAGCAUGUAAAUGAAAACAAAAUAGAAAAAGAUAAAAAAAAAGAAGAUGAAACAGAAAUAGAUCCAAGAUUGUACUAUGAAAAUAGGUCGAAAUUUAUAAUUGAUCAAAAGAAUAAUGGAGCAAACCCUUAUCCUCAUAAAUUUGAAAGAACUAUUACUAUACCCGAUUUUAUAGAAAAAUAUAAAAACUUAUCAGAUGGAGAACAUUUAGAGGAUACCAUUUUAAGCAUAACAGGAAGAAUAAUGAGAGUAUCUUCUUCAGGGCAGAAAUUGAGAUUUUUUGAUUUAGUUGGUGAUGGAGAAAAAAUACAAGUUUUAGCAAACUACACAUUUCAUGAUCAUACGAAAUCUAAUUUUGCCGAAUCUUACGAUAAAAUAAGAAGAGGAGAUAUUGUUGGUAUAGUUGGAUUCCCUGGAAAAAGUAAGAAAGGAGAGUUGAGUAUUUUUCCAAAAGAAACUUUAAUAUUAUCUGCUUGUUUACAUAUGUUACCUAUGAAGUCUGGAUUAAAAGAUACAGAAAUAAGAUAUAGACAGAGAUAUUUAGAUUUAAUUAUUAAUGAAUCUUCUAGGAGCACAUUCGUUACAAGAUCAAAUAUUAUAAAUUUCUUGAGAAAUUUUUUAAAUGAUAGAGGAUUUUUAGAGGUAGAAACUCCUAUGAUGAAUUUAGUUGCUGGAGGUGCUAAUGCAAGGCCUUUUAUCACACAUCAUAAUGAUUUGAAUUUAGAUUUAUUUUUAAGAAUAGCUCCUGAAUUGUAUUUAAAAAUGUUAAUUAUUGGCGGUUUGGAUAAAGUUUAUGAAAUUGGAAAAAUGUUUAGAAAUGAAGGUAUUGAUAAUUCACAUAACCCUGAAUAUACUUCUUGUGAGUUCUAUUGGGCUUAUGCAGAUUUUCAUGACUUAAUUAAGUGGUCUGAGGAUUUUUUUUCUAGUCUUGUAUAUCAUUUGUUUGGUUCUUAUAAGAUAUUAUACAAUAAAGAUGGAUAUGACAAGCCUCCUGUUGAAAUUGAUUUUUCUCCACCAUAUCCUAAAUUGUCUUUGGUAGAAGAAAUUGAAAAAAUGGCUAACGUUAAAUUAGAACAACCUUUUGAUUCUGAUGAAACUGUAGAGAAAAUGAUUAACCUUUUAAAAACUAAUAAAGUUGAAUUACCUAAUCCUCCAACAGCUGCUAAACUAUUGGACCAAUUAGCUUCUCACUUUUUAGAAAAUAGAUACGUUAAUAAACCUUUCUUCAUUAUUGAACAUCCACAAAUCAUGAGUCCUUUAGCAAAGUAUCAUCGAUCUAAGCCAGGCUUAACAGAAAGAUUGGAAAUGUUUAUAUGUGGUAAAGAAGUUUUGAAUGCAUAUACGGAAUUAAAUGAUCCAUUUAAACAAAGAGAAUGUUUUACAAGUCAACAAAAGGAUAGAGAAAAAGGAGAUACAGAAGCUUUUCAAUUUGAUGCAGCUUUUUGUACAGCUUUAGAAUAUGGAUUACCACCAACUGCAGGUUUGGGGAUUGGAAUAGAUAGAGUUACUAUGUUUUUAACUAAUAAAAAUUGUAUUAAAGAUGUUAUCUUAUUUCCCACUAUGAGACCUGCUAAUUAG